AUGAACUUCAUCGUGCUCCCCGCUCUCAUUCCCGACAUCCGUGCCGUCUACGACGUGUACUUUGCGGCCUUUACAGCCGACGCGGAGGGCCGGAUACUUUUAGACAUUCUGUUUCCCGGCGGGGUGACCUCGGACGAGUUCAGGGAUGCACACACCAAAGGAACACUAGCUUGGUGGCACUCCUCGGACACGCAGUACACGUUCAAAUGCGUUGAUACGGCUACCGGGGAGGUGAAUGGGAUGGCGCUGUGCGAUGUUUUUGUGCAGCCGAGGGGAGAGGACGAGCGGAAACUCCCCGAGGUGGGUUGGUUGCAGGGGCCGCAAAGAGAGAGGGCCGAGAAGGUGUUAGAGCCGCUCUGGACGGCGCGGGAGAGGAUUUGGGGAGGGGGCAGGUACAUUUACGUGCAUGCAUUUGCGGUCGCCCCAAAGCAUCAGGGCCGCGGAGCUGGGUCGGCAUUGGUUCAAGCAUUGGUCGACCUCGGAGACAGCACCGGGCUGCCGAUCUACCUCGAAUCAUCUCUUGGGUCACAGGGACUGUAUAAGAAGAUGGGAUUCCUUCAAGUCCCAGCAGAUAUCGCGAGAGUCAUCCACAAAACCGAGGUAUUAGAAAAAGAAACGGACGUGGAAGUGCCGUUGAUGGUCAAGCUACCGGCCUCGGUUACCCGUCCGGCGUCGGAAGAGAAGGGAAAGAAUGUGGAGGAGGUGUACAUGGAAUGGUAUGCGCAGAGGGGCGAGACCGCGCCCAAGAUGGACGGAGGCAAGGGAAUCAAGCUGCAGGCACCAAAAGACGAGCCUGCCAAACAGGCGGAACAGGGCUUCCAUCUCCUCACCUACCUCCGCAUCUUCACCACCACCGAUCCCUCAUGGACCGACAUCUCCCUCCUCGUCGUCGGCACCAUCUCCGCCGCCGCAGCGGGCAUCCCCUUCCCGCUCAUGGGUAUCCUCUUCGGCGAGCUCGUCGACGACAUGAACGGCGCGACCUGCGCGGCCGACGGCAGCUCGCUCACCUCGUCCGCCGCCCGGGUUGACCCCUUCGCCUACGAGGGUGCCAUCAACGCCAAGGUCCUGCAGCUGGUGUACAUCGCCGUCGCCGCCUUCGUGCUGAUCUACGUCUACGUGCUGUCCUGGUCGCUCGUCAGCCAGCGCCUGGCCCAGCGUCUGCGCGCCAAGUAUGUCAAGGCGCUGCUCCGUCAGCCGCCGGGGUUCUUUGACGCCCGCGCCGCUGCCGCUGGUGAGGUGAGCAGUCGACUGCAUGGGGAUAUGACGGCGGUGCAGGCGGGCACGUCGGAGAAGGUGGGUAUUCUGAUCGCGAGUACUAGCUUCUUUGUGGCGUGCUAUGUGGUGGCGUUUAUCAAGCAGCCGAAGCUGGCGGGGAUAUUGGUGUCGUUGGUCCCUGCUUUUCUGUUGAUGGCUUUGGGUGGCGGGUUCUUUGUGCAAAAGUAUGCAGCGAGGACAUCAGGGGGGGUGGCCGCCGCGUCGGAUAUUGCUUCUGAGGCGUUGCAGCAUGUUGCGGUUGUGCAGGCGUUUGGGGCUGCCCCCAGGUUGGAGAAGAAGUUUGCUGAGCACGUUGCCGAGUCGAGGGGAGCGGGCAUCAAGAAGGGAGUGGCUGCUGCCGUCCAGGCCGGUCUUUUGUACUUCAUCGCCUACUCGGCGAAUGCCCUCGCGUUCUGGCAGGGAAGCCGCAUGGUGGUCGACACGAUGAACGGAAACGGUACUGAGACGGUUGGGCAAAUCUACACGGUCGUGUUUCUGCUCGUUGAUGCUUGCGUGUGUCUCGGCAGUAUUGCCCCUUUGUUGCCCAUCCUAGUCGGCGCCUCAGCCGCCUUUGAACGGCUGAUGAACGACAUCGAAGCGCCGUCCACCAUUGACGGGACGUCCGACGACGGUCUCGUCCUACCCGACACAACACCGGGCCACAUUACGUUCAACAACGUCACCUUCGCCUAUCCCUCCCGCCCCAACCAGCCAGUCCUCCGCAACGUCAACCUGACAUUUCCCGCCGGCAAGCACACCGCCAUCGUAGGCCUCUCGGGCAGCGGCAAGUCCACCGUUGCCGCCUUGAUUGCCCGCCUGCAAGACCCCACCGAAGGCACCAUCACCCUCGAUGGCCAUGACAUCCGCGACCUCAAUGUGCGCUCCCUGCGCAGCUUCAUCUCCCUCGUGCAGCAAGAACCCUCGCUCCUCGACCGCUCCAUCCUCGAAAACAUCGCCCUCGGCCUCAUCAACUCCCCCAAACCAGCCCACCAACCCCUCAAGCCCCUCCUCCACAGCGGCACCCUCUCCGACCUCGCCAAACUCGGGCCAUCCUGCAUCACCGCCACCCCCCCUCCCACCCUCGAAACAGACUCACCCGCCACCACCGCCCCCCUCAUAACCCAACUCCAAACCCUCAUCCGCCGCGCCGCCACCCAAGCCGACGCCGACACCUUCAUCACCGCCCUCGCCCAAGGAUACGGAACAUCCGCAGGACCCAAGGGCUCGCUGGUCAGCGGCGGCCAGCGGCAGCGGGUGGCGCUAGCGCGGGCGCUGGUGCGCGACCCGCGCGUGCUGGUGCUGGACGAGGCGACUUCGGCGCUCGACUCGGCGAGCGAGCGCCGCAUCCAGCUGGCGGUGGAAGGGGUCGCGAGUGAGGGGACGAGGACGGUGGUGUCGAUUGCGCAUCGGUUGGCGACGGUGAGGGGGGCGGACUGGAUCGUGGUGUUGGAGGGGGGAGUGGUGGUGGAGGAGGGGGGGUAUGCGGAGUUGAUGGGGAGGGAGGGUGGGAAGUUUAGGGGGAUGGUGGAGUUGCAGAGUUUGGGGGCCGUGGUCGGGGAGGAGGAUGGGGGUAGUGGUGAGGAUGGGGAGGAGAGGGAGGCUGUUAAGGGGGUGGAGGACAAGGGGCGAGAUGAUAGUGUCGAGAAGGUGGUGAGUAAGGAGGUUGCCGUCACCGGAAAAGCAGAGGAAGAUGAACCGGCGGAUGAUGGAAAGGCAGCCGAGAGCGCACGCUGGGGAAGUGUGUUCCUUGGCCUUGGCCGGCUCGUCCGCCCUUCGCUCGCAUGGCUUGCGCUAGCCCUCUUUGCUGCCGUCAUUGUCGGAGGCACCUUUUCUGGGUCCGGUCUCAUCUUCGGCUUCACUGUUGGCGCUCUCAACCCCUGCAGCAACACUGCGGAUCGGAUCCUCGAACUCGGCAUGUUCUUUGGUGGUCUCCUCUUCAUGCUGGCCGUUAUAGAACUGCUGGCCAACUUCUUUGCCUGGUCUUGCUUCGGCCUCAUCGCUGAGCGCUUGCUCUACGCUGUACGCGUGCUUUCGUUCCGCUCCCUCAUGGAGCAGGGCGUGCAGUGGCACCAGUCUGAGGGCCGCUCCCCAUCGUCCCUACUCGACAUCAUCACCAAGGACAGCGCCGCAAUCGGUGGCUUCAGCGGAUCGACCAUUGGUACCGUUUUCUCCAUCAUCGUCAACUUCAUCACAGCCAUCAUCCUCUCCCACAUCAUCCAAUGGAAGAUCGCCAUCGUCUGCCUGGCCAUCGUGCCCAUCCUCCUCUUUGCAGGCUUCAUGCAACUGCGGAUGCUGGCUCGUUACGAGGAGCGGCAUGCCGAGUCUUUCUCCAAGGCAACCAGCGUAGCCGUUGAAGCAGUCCAGUCCAUCAAGACCGUCGCCGCUCUGUCCCUGGAGGGCGAGGUGAUGGGCUCAUACGCGCGCCUACUCAAGAACACGCGCGACGAGAUGGUCCGCGCGGCGGCCUUCACCAAUAUCUGGCUCGCGUUGGCCAACAGCGUGAGCUUCCUCAUCUAUGCCUUCGCCUACUGGUGGGGCUCGCAGCGCAUCAUGCACGGCGAGGCCAACCAGACCCAGUUCUUCAUCAUCCUCAUCGCCAUGCUGGUGAGCGCGCAGCUCUGGGGACAGAUGUUCAGUCUCGCCCCAGAGUUCUCUCGCGCCCGCACCGCCUUCUCCCGCAUCCUGCACAUCAUCAGUCUCGGCUCCGACUCAACCAUCGAUUCGAAGCGCGGUCCCCAGGGGGCAUCACCACCCUCCAAUCCCGAAACCGCCCCCUCCCCAGACAUCGAAGCCCUCGCCAACCCCACCCCCCAACCAAGCAGCGACCUAAACCAACCCGGCCUCGAGAUAACCUUCUCCAACGUCUCCUUCGCCUACCCCUCCCGCCCUUCCCACCCCGUCCUCUCCUCCGUCUCCUUCACCAUCCGCCCCGGCCAAUUCAUCGGCCUCGUCGGCCCCUCGGGCGCCGGCAAAUCCACCAUCAUGGCCCUCGCCCAGGGCCUCUACACCCCCACCCCCAGCACCCCCAACAACGGCACCGCCGGCCGCAUCACACUCGACGGCAUCCCCGUCACCGCCUCCGCACCGCUCCCCUUCCGCGACGAAAUCGCGCUCGUGCCACAAGACCCGGCGCUCUUCUCCGGCAGCGCGGCCUUCAACGUCGGUCUGGGCGCGCGCCCCGGGCGCGAGGCGACGCGCGCCGAGAUCGAGGAGGCGUGCCGGCUGGCGAGCGUGCAUGACGUGCUGGCGGCGCUGCCGCAGGGGUAUGAUACUGAGCUGGGCGCGGGCGGGUCGCGCCUCUCGGGCGGACAGCGGCAGCGGGUAGCGAUUGCGCGGGCGCUGGUAAGGCGGCCGCGGUUGUUGCUGCUGGACGAGGGGACCAGUGCAUUGGAUGCGGCGAGCGAGGCGGCGUUGCAGAGGGGGUUGGAUGAGGUGGCGCGGCGGGGGACGACGGUGUUGGCGAUUACGCAUAGGUUGCAUACGGUGAGGAAGGCGGAUGUGAUUUUUGUGGUGGAGGGGGGGAGGGUGGUGGAUCGGGGGACGCAUGGGGAGUUGAUGGAGAGGCGCGAGGCGUAUCGGGUGAAUGCGAUGCAGCAGAUGUUGCAGUAA